AUGUCAUUUUUCAUAUUGUUUGGUAAGAAGGAUAUUGAUUCCAAAAUGGAUGGAUAUCCAUCAAAUUUAACAUGCCCAAAUUGUCAUAACCAAAAUGUUGAACCUGUUAAAAGAAAAGAAUUCAUUAGUGUUUGGUUCAUUCCAAUUAUUCCAAUGUAUUGGGGUAAACAAUUGAAGUGUAAUACAUGUUCAUGGAGACAAGAUGUUAGUAAAGAAGAGCUAGAGAAGUAUGGUAUACAGGGUGGGAAGCAAUAA